CAGACCGUUGCACGCACAUAUAAUCCGCUUCUAGUUUUCUGUUUCCAUUUCAUUAUUCACCAGGGAACUUGAGACAGUAAUUGACUAUCCAAUUAGUCAAGGGCCUCCGUACGAAGUAGAUCAAUCAUCAGCUUGGGCCACAUUUCAGACUGUUCUUAGUAAAACAUUAAGGAAUCUGUACGGAAUAUAGCGGCAUAUUUUCCCACUACAAUGGCAUACGGUGAGCGUGAGCGUUCCGAUAGGCGAGGUGGUGCACGAGGUGGUGGAGGUCGAUUUGGUGGACGCGAUAGUGGCGGAGGAGGCAGUAGAUUCAGUAGCGGUGGUAAUCGAGAUAGCAAUUUCGGAAAUAACAGUUUUAAGAAUCGACAGCCCGGAGAGCGUUUACGUAAACCGAGAUGGGAUAUGAACACCUUGCCACAGUUUAGAAAGGAUUUUUAUCAACCGCAUCCCAACGUAGUAGGACGAAAUGUUCAUACCGUCGAGUCUUACCGUUCCGGUAAAGAGAUCACUGUAAAGGGAGCCAACGUUCCGUGUCCCAAUAUUUAUUUCGAGGAAGGUGGUUUCCCGGACUAUGUUCUCAACGAGAUUCGACGACAGGGAUUCGGCGAACCGACCGCUAUUCAGGCGCAAGGUUGGCCCAUUGCUCUAUCGGGUCGCGAUAUGGUCGGUAUAGCGCAAACUGGUUCGGGAAAAACCCUAGCGUAUAUUUUGCCGGCGAUCGUGCAUAUAAAUAAUCAGCCUAGACUGAGCAGAAAUGAUGGUCCAAUUGCCCUAAUCUUAGCACCGACCCGAGAAUUAGCGCAGCAGAUUCAACAAGUAGCGUCAGACUUUGGCACAUCUUCGCAAGUGCGAAACACGUGCAUCUUUGGUGGCGCUCCGAAAGGCCCACAGGCACGCGAUCUAGAACGUGGUGUAGAAAUUUGCAUCGCCACGCCAGGUCGUCUUAUAGAUUUUUUAGAACGAGGUACCACGAAUCUGCGUAGAUGUACUUAUCUAGUGCUUGAUGAGGCUGAUAGGAUGCUAGAUAUGGGUUUUGAACCACAAAUUAGAAAAAUUGUAGAACAAAUACGUCCCGAUCGUCAGACUCUCAUGUGGUCGGCGACGUGGCCGAAGGAAGUGCGUAAUCUCGCGGAAGAGUUUUUAACAGACUACAUACAGAUCAAUAUUGGCUCUCUACAAUUGGCUGCAAAUCAUAAUAUUUUGCAAAUCGUGGAUGUGUGCGAGGAAUAUGAGAAGGAGAGUAAACUUAUGAAACUUUUGGAAGAGAUUUCAAAUGAACCGGAAAAUAAGACUAUAAUAUUUGUGGAAACUAAAAGGAAAGUGGAUGAUAUAACAAGGGCUAUUAAUAGAUAUGGAUGGCAAGCAAUAGGCAUUCAUGGAGACAAAAGCCAACAAGAAAGAGAUUAUGUACUAAAUCAGUUCCGGAAUAGCAGAUCUGCCAUCCUAGUGGCUACAGAUGUGGCAGCGAGAGGUUUAGAUGUCGAGGAUGUCAAAUUUGUGAUAAACUUGGACUAUCCGUCCAACUCUGAGGACUAUGUGCACCGUAUCGGACGUACGGGUCGCUCGCAGCGUACAGGAACCGCGUACGCCUUUUUCACACCCGGCAAUGCGCACAAGGCUAGUGACUUGAUCCAAGUUCUAGAAGAGGCUAAGCAAGUUGUCAAUCCGAAAUUGUACGAGUUAGCCAGAAAUCCUGGUGUUUAUAAGAGAGGACGAUAUGGUGGACGCAGUGGAGGUGGUGGUGGCGGACGAGGGUCCGGGGGGCGCGGUGGUGGCUCGCGAGGUGGUUCUCGCGGAGGUCGCGAUGGAGAUAGAGGAAGAUUUGAUCGUUCUUCUGGUGGUGGCGCAAGUGAUCGUGCUAACAAAUGGGCCGGAAGCAGCAGUGGUGGCAUGGGCGGAGCUAGCUAUGGAAAUAGUAAAUCGUUUCCCCAAAAUAAUUUCGGCAGUGGAACCUCGGGCGGUAGCUCCAGCAGUUACAGCCAAAAUAAUAGCGGAUAUGGUGGAGGGAGUUAUAGGCAACAAAAUGGCUAUUGAAUCUAAAUAAACGAUAAAAAAAUGUUCCAGAGGCUCCAGGGAAUAAUAGCAAUCGGCGAUGUAAGUGUGACGUCAGCCGACAAGCCCAGAGUCACCCAGAAUCGUUCCGCAAAAUUUACACUCAUACAUUCUCAUAAGCAUUCAUGUUCUUUUUCCUUUCCUAGUACACGUAAGAUUUCCAUUAGCUUAUUUAAUUAACAUCGCAAUUAGUUAUACAAGUCAUGUUUAGGAUAGCUCUUUAAUAUAUUUAGGUGAUCAAUUACAUUCUGUAAUUAUUACCGAAUGAUGUAGUAUUAAAACAAUUCAAUCAGCUUGUUGCUGUACAUUCAAUAAAAUAGUAUAAGAAUGAUA